UUCGACAGAGGGAACGGCGGACACGGUCGGUAGUUGGUUCGUUCCGCGUGGGGAGGUCGGCUCGUAUCGGCUCGUGUUGCGAAACUGGGUGCGUUAGUGUGAGUCCGUUGGCCGUGGUGGUUCGACAAGAUCAUCGGUAGCAGUCAGUGCGCAAGGCGGGAGGUUGCGGUUGACGGGUCACCGGCGACUCUUGUCACUGAAAAAUCAGCGCAUCCUAUCCUAUCGCCAGUAUCAUCAUCCCCGGACAGCGAGAUGACGUGGAAACGUUGUUAGAAAAAAGGUAACGGGAAAAAAACUCGGAGUAAAUCCAUGUGCGUCAUAGUAUCGUCGGAAAAAAAGUGCGGAUUCUGGAGGAAACAGUUAUCAAUUUUCCCUAGGACUGGUACAGGGGAAGGAGGUGAGGGGAGGGCUGAUUGAAUUUCACGCAGAAAAUACCCUCGGGAGGAACUAACGAAAUUUGAAUCAUCACUGGCCCUCGUCGAAUCCAAGGUCUCAAAUUUGUUUAUAAACGAAUAAAAAUGUAUAAAUUUCUAAGCGACGAGUAAGAAACGGGUGUAAUUCAAACUCUGGACUCAAAUCAGUUAUCGGAGAGAAGAAAAACCGUAUCAAACGCUGAGGCAAUUAAGCCCCCGGCUGAGAAACUAGAUUACUGACUGAAGAAGGAAGAGAGAUAAGGUUAGAUUUUGGAAACAGAGCGAAAAAGCUUAUUCUCUGAGUCACAAAGGCUUUCGCUGAGGAAGCGGCUGACAAAGAAAAAUACUUCAAUAUUUCCUCGCCUAUGUUAUACCCGAACGGUUUUUCCGGGGAUUUUCUUACGCUGUUUUGUCGAUCAUUGGUUAUUGAUAUUGGCCGGGGAAAUCUGAUGAAGCCGGGAUAAAGGUACCGAGAUGUACAAACUCCUGAGACGCGGCUCAGGGCGGACCUUCGCGCUUUGCGGGGUCGCCCUCUCCCUCCUCCUAUGCAUUUACUACGUCAGUCAGGCCCAGACCCCCCCGGCUGGUCCCACGAAUGUCCUCAGCGAGGGGCUUCGCUAUGACAGAAGCCCGACCUCCGUACCGCCGGACCCUAACGAGGUGCCCGACGCCAAGGUCUCCUCUGAAAGCUGCCCGGUCAUCGUACCCAAGGAAACGGACAUCGACACUCAGGACAUAUUCAAGAAAUUCGACUUCCAGCCUUCCUGGAUGAGGAGUCGAGAGUACUGGGAUGACGGCUUUGAGGAACGCUAUGCAAAAUUGAUGAAGGACGAUCAUCGCCCUCCACUGAAGGUAUUUCUCGUCCCGCACAGCCACGCCGAUCCAGGAUGGUUGAAAACGUUCGAGCAGUAUUUCCAUAGCUCGACGAGGGGGAUCCUCAACAACAUGGUUACCAAGCUCCAGCAGUGGCCCAACAUGACCUUCAUAUGGAGCGAGGUUUCGUUUCUGUCGCUGUGGUGGGACAGCGCUCAUCCGACUAAGAAAAGAGCCGUGAAGAAGCUGAUCAAGGAAGGCAGGCUGGAAAUGACUACAGGCGGUUGGGUUAUGACCGACGAGGCGACCUCCCACGUUUACGCGAUGCUGGACCAGCUUAUCGAAGGUCAUCAAUGGCUCAAGACGAACCUUGGGGUUGCACCAGAAUCCGGAUGGGCGGUGGAUCCCUUCGGUCACGGAGCGACGGUCCCGUACCUUCUCAAGUCCUCAGGCCUUUCGGGGAUGGUGAUUCAGCGGAUUCACUACGCCUGGAAGCAGUGGUUCGCAAAAAAACAGUACGGUGAUUUCCUGUGGCGACAGCCUUGGGACAAGAACGGAGCGACGGCCAUGCUAACGCACAAUCAGCCCUUCGACAUAUACAGCAUAAAACACUCAUGCGGUCCACAUCCCCACGUCUGCCUGAACUUCGACUUUCGAAAGAUAAAUGGCGAGUACACCGAGUAUUCGGUACGAGCGGUGGACGUGACGAAGAACAACGUGAAGCAGAUGGCUGAACUUCUUCUUGAGCAAUACUCGAGGACCGGGUCACUCUUCCCCCACAACGUCGUUCUCAUGCCUCUCGGUGACGACUUCAGGUACGAUCAUCCGAUCGAGUGGGACCAGCAGUAUACCAACUACAAGGCCCUCCUCGAAUUCAUCAACGAACGGAAGGACGAGUACAAUGCCGAGGUUGUGUUCGGAACGCCGAAGGAGUACUUCCGGGAAAUUGAAAAGAGGUAUCAGGAGUACCCGACCCUGAAGGGUGACUUUUUCGUCUACUCCGACAUCUUCAGCGAAGGCAGACCCGCCUACUGGAGCGGAUACUUCACGACGCGUCCGUACAUGAAGAUCUUGGACCGAGAACUCGAGGCGAAUCUGAGGUCGGCAGAGAUUCUUUACACGGUGGCAUUGAACGUCGCCAAGCAGUCCGGUCAGGACAUAAAACUGUUCGAGACGUACUUCGAGAAGCUGGUCAAGGCCAGAAGGAACUUGGGCCUCUUCCAGCACCACGAUGCUAUUACGGGCACGUCGAAAUCCUUCGUCAUGAAAGACUAUGCUCUCAAACUAUUCGAGUCGAUAUCUGACAUGACGAGCCUGCAGAGUUUCGUCAUACAGUCUCUGGCGGUUACAGCACCGAAAGGGAACUCCAUUUACGUUGUGCCAGAGUCGGACAGGGACAGCUACGAGAAGCUUCCCAAGAAGAUUCCGAUCGCCGUCAACAAUCUCGAGACGCGUCAGAUCCUCCUUUUCAAUCCGCUCGCUCAGACGCGGCAGGAGGUUGUGACCUUGAAGGUGACGUCUCACCUGGUCAGGGUCUUAGAUCCCCACAAAAAUCCCAUUCCGUAUCAAAUUCUACCGGUCAUGAACGCCACCAGCAUAACGCACGAUCUCUACACCGUCCUCUUUGUGGCGGAACUCCAUCCGCUCUCGAUCGCGGCUUAUCACCUCCAACACGUCGAAAAGGUGUCCGCCGACGUUCUGUCGGUGGUAUACUGCAGCCGGUGCGGAAAGGAUCCGCUCUUCCCGAUAAAGUCGAUGCAGACGGGAGACGUGCAGCUGGAAAACAUCAGGAUGAAGCUGCUCUUCGAUGGUCAGACAGGAUUCCUAAAGACCGUGACGAAGAAGACUUCCGGUAGGAUAAUGCAGUGCGGGAUUCAAUUUGCCGCUUAUCCUUCUGCCCAAUUUCACAGCGGUGCCUACCUCUUCAUGCCAGAUCCGAAUCUGCGAGACACCGACAAGGACAUCCUCGAGGCUUACACUCCUCAUCAGAAAAUCUACAUCGUCUCUGGACCGCUGAGCUCCAGGCUUACGGUGGAGUACGGCAAGCUUCUGGUUCACCACGUGUCCAUUUACCACGUGGACAAUAGCCUUGGUGAGGCGAUCUUCCUGAAGAACGUUGUGGAUUUUGAGACACCGCCGAAGAACAGAGAGACCGAAAUGUUCAUGAGGAUACAGACCGACAUACAGAACGAAGACCCGCCCGAGUUUUACACCGAUUUAAACGGUCAUCAGAUGCUGAAGAGGACAAAGAUCGAAAGGAUCGGUAUAGAAGGCAACUACUAUCCGAUCACCACUAUGGCCUACAUCGAAGACGCGACCCACAGGCUUACCCUGCUGGUCAACCACGCCCAGGGUGCCGCCAGCUACCAGCCAGGGUGGCUCGAGGUGAUGCUGGACAGGAGAACCCUCUACGACGAUUCCCGGGGUAUGGGCGAGGGUCUUCUGGACAAUCGCAAGACCGUCUUCAAGCACUGGCUGCUCCUCGAAGACAUCAACGGGGACGGGGACAGUUACUCUCGGGCGUCGUUGUUCGCCAAUCACAUGAGCAACGCGCUCAACUAUCCAGUAAACGUCUUCGUUUUGUCGGUCGACGGUACCGAGCAGGAAGUCAAGGUCAGUCCGGAGACCCGGCUGGUCAGCCAGAGCUUUCCGUGCGACGUUCAUCUGAUGAAUCUGCGUACCAACCAUGACCAGAAACUCUCCCAUUUUCCUACCAACACCGCGUUGAUGGUUCUCCAUCGGCAGGGCUACAGCUGCGCCGUCGGUACCGACACUGUAUUCAAGAAUUGUCCACUCGGCGACCGAUUCUCACCCGCCACUUCGUUUUACACCCUCAACGCUAACGUCACCAAGACAUCCCUGACCGGGACCAAGGUUCACAAACAGUUGAACGAUGGGUUCAGAGAGAUAGAUAUCGUCCCCAUGGAAGUCGAGACGUACAGUAUACGGUUCGUGUAACAACGUGGUCUCGCGGAUGGCCUUUCCAUGACCACUGAUUCAGAGCCUAAACGUUAGCGACGAGUGAUUGCUUGCCCCGAUUGGGAUACAACAUGAUUCGGGCCUGGCCAAGAAGUGCGACUGUUAUUGUGUUACAUUCAGUUUUCGUAUAAAGACUAACAAUAAGAAAUAUCACGAUAAAUAAGUGUUAUCUUUUGAGUAUAUUGUACCUCUUGCCACUGAAUGCGGGCGUCUUCCGAUAUGUUGGAUGCCAGUUGGGGCUUGGAACUCAUAAUUGUCACAUGUACAUAUCAGCCUGAUCAACUCCACUAUAUUUAUAUCAUACUCUGCCCUAUUGCGAAGAUUAUAUUAUACCUACACAACCGAGAAAAGAUAGGGAAAUAAAUCAAACCUACACAACUGAGAAAAGACAGGGAAAUAAAUCAAGUAUUCUUAUUAAUCUAACGUAUUUUCGUAUAAUAAACGGGUAUAUAAACACGCGGCGAGAGACAUAAUCGAUGUACUGUUGCAGAGAGUGAUGUGAUAUUGUCGCGGUUUGGUACCACUAACCAUUAAAUAAAUUAUGAUUUUUUUCACCACAUAUCUGAUUCGCUUCCGUUGAAUACUUUUCAAAGCCACCUGUACCAAGUCAGAUCUUGCCUCAAAUAAAUUCCAAUAGAUCUUAUUCUGUUCCUAAGCUACUUUGUGCUUUCGUUUCUUCGUGGCUGACUGGUAAGGAAAAUCACAAGUUUGCAAAUGGUCGAGCGGCCAAUUAAAUCUCUCAUUAAUUCUGUUCCGAUCUACACGCGGUUAAAGAAUCUGUAAUAUGUUGUUGUUUAUUUGCGUAUUUUCGUACACCUAUGAAAGUUGCGGUGUAUCGCAGCAAUAACAACAACAGCAGCAGCAGCACCUUGCAUCCAAUUAUAUAAAAAAGAAAAUUACGAAGAAUCUUGUAUAAAAUAUAUUUCAUUUACACAUGACAUGUAUAAUAAUCAUAAUGCAGUAACGUUCGAUUUAUGCCCGGGAGUAUUAUAUUUCAAGACGAACCCGAAUACAUACAAACGUUCUUCCAAUUAAAUCCAAACACCACGGCAGAGGCUCGGGAUCCCCGUUAAUAAUAUCUGUACGAUAAUUAAAUUCUACGAUACAUCGCACGUAUGCAAAACCAGCAUCCGCGACGCAUAAUUAACGCCUACCCAACGGCAAAAGGACACGUCGUCAUAGCUUAAGGUUUCAUUUAACCGUAUUGAUUAACGAUCAAUGACACUACAGCAACACAUUAUUCGGUACCUAUUUAAUACAGUGAUCGCUAUUAUUAAUAAACGAAUGCCAAAGUCAUAUGGUAUAAAAUGCGAUGAAACACCGAUGGCCUGGGUUACGCAUGAUAUUUAUUUGAACGGAUUUUAACGCGAAUCAGUUAUAUGCUACAGCAGUUUGUACAAGAACUGGUAAACGAUUAACCGAUCCCGUUGUUAUUAUUGAAAUUAUUAUUAUUAUUACUGUUAUUAAUGUGAGUAUUAUUAUUAACAAUGGAUGGUUAUUGAUGGUAUAUUGUAGUAAAAAUGAAAGACAAAAAAUACGUAAUUUGUAUAAGUUAUGAAGGAGAAAAAUUGGAACACACUCAAUAAACUCACCCCUGUGAGUGCGGUUAACAUACAUUUAGUAUGUCUAGAAGAAUUAUUAGUCGAGAAUAUAUUUCAUGCAUAGACAAAAGUAUCUUAUUUAUACACCCAAUUUUUAUGUAUUAGUCUGCUUUUUUGUUAAAUUGUUUUCUAGAAAGAGACUGACUUGAUUGACUGAAUCUUAGAAUUAUAGAAUUAGCUAAUUGAUUUUGUAUGAUUUUUAGUUUUUUUCUUCAACUCAUUUCACAAUAUCGAUUUGACGAUACAUAAAAUGGUUGCUUAUUUCGUUUGAUAUAUGAAUUAAUAUUACGUGAAUACGUAAAAGUAUACAUUUGAAAUUUUCGUCGCUACAAAAACGUUAUAAUCACCGCAAAUUAUGAUCAUGUGUACGAGUUACGACCGAGAAUUUACUUGAUAUUAUUUUUCAUAAAGAUUUCUAUACGUAUACAAUACACAUAGGUACAUGACAUGACGUAGGUUUAAUCUGUAAUAUAGAAAAUAUUGAAUUACGAAAAUGUAUAUGUAUAAGAAUUAUAACUAUUUAAUUACAUAGGUAGAUAGAUUAUACUGUAAUAUAUUCUAUGUUUGUGCUGUCUUUAGAGAAAAAAAAAGAUAUAUAUAUAUACAUAUAUAUGUUAUAGAUAUAUUAUGUAUAUUAGGUGCGUGUAAGGUAUGUAAAAUAAUUAAUAAAACAUGGUUUGCGCCAUGGAAAUUUUUAAAUUCCAGAUAUUCUUGCACGUUAUCGUCAACUACAUUACGAACGCUCAAUUAGACGCGAAUGAAAAAUCAUCAAUGAACAAAUUAUUUAUAGCAGUGUGAUAAUUAAUUAUACACAUGGUGUUAUUUAUGUUGCGAUGUAAUACAACUAUAUUUAUUAUCUAAUUACAUUAGAAGAAAAAAAUUCGGAAAAAAUGAAUUAUACACGUCAUUACCUCGUCAA